CCGGCCCCAGCCCCGACCCUUCCGCCCGCCCCGCGCCGGGACAGCCGCGCACGGCCCCGCCGGAGCCUCGGGCUGCACUUGUUGAUCCGCGAUCCCCGGCGGCGGCGGAGGGAGGAAACCGAAGCUUUCCUUUGUGUGAUCCCGGAGACGGGGCUGGGAGGCGGGCGCAGCCGCGGCGCUGGCUGUGGGUAGGAGCGGGGAGCCGCAGCCGAGGGAAGGCCUGGGAAAUCUUCCUGCCGAAGGAUCCGAUUUACCUCGUUUCCCUUCCCCUCCCCCUGGGCUCCGCGGACAGCCGGCAGCGCCGUCGCCAUCCCUGCGCCCUGAGGCUGCCCGGGGGGGAUGCGAGCGGGGCCGCCCCUGCCGCCCGCCCCGCCGCAGGAUGUAGCCGCCCUCGGCCCCGCACGCCCCGCACACCCCGCACCGCCUCGCCGGGAGCCCGCGGCAGGAGCUCCGCGGCAUGGAGGGGACGGAGAGGUGAGCAGAGCCGGCCCCGCGCCCUGCCCCGCGCCGCUCCUGGCAGCGCCCAGCCCGAGGGGGACCAGCGAUGCCUCUGGGGAUGAAUAAGCAUGGAUCUCGCUCUWCUACCUCUCUGCCUCCGGACCCCACCGAGAUCGUCAGGAGCAAGGCCUGCUCCCGGAGGGUCAAGCUCAACGUGGGGGGGUUGGCGCACGAGGUUCUCUGGCGGACCUUGGACAGGUUGCCGCGGACCAGGCUGGGCAAGCUCAGAGACUGCAACACGCACGACUCGCUCAUGGAGAUCUGCGAUGACUACAACCUGGAGGAGAACGAGUACUUCUUCGACAGGCAUCCCGGGGCAUUCACCUCGAUCUUGAACUUCUAUCGCACGGGCAAGCUGCACAUGAUGGAGGAGAUGUGCGCCUUGUCCUUCAGCCAGGAGCUGGACUACUGGGGCGUGGAUGAGAUCUACCUGGAGUCCUGCUGCCAGGCCCGCUACCACCAGAAGAAAGAGCAAAUGAAUGAGGAGCUCAAGAGAGAAGCAGAGACCCUGAGGGAAAGGGAAGGGGAGGAAUUCGAUAACACUUGCUGUGCUGAGAAAAGGAAAAAGCUCUGGGACCUCUUGGAGAAGCCCAACUCUUCCGUAGCGGCCAAGGUAAGAGCUCCACAUCUCUAUUGCCCGCUGGCUGGUGACUGGUGA